CUAGCUUUGACCAUUCUUCCGGUAGCUUUGUAGAGAGCAGAGCACGGUUCAGGCUACUUACCGUCAUUUCAAUCUUCAGAGAAGGUACCACUGCGCGAUCUCACAUUCCCGGAGAUGAUGACAAUGACGUUAACCCUUCUGCUGCUGUCGUUACUUAUGGCAGAGGGCGCUCUGGCCUGUACGCUGCCUGAACCAUCCACCGAGAACUUCAACAUCUCCACAGCGCACAAGACCUGGUACGAGCAGUACCGCUACCCGAUGCUGGCUAUGGACCUCCAGGGAUGUCUGACCAUCACGCAGGAUCCAGGAAAAAGUAACGACACGAUGAGCCUUAGGGGCUACUUCAGCCACAAUUCUUUGUUUCCAGUAACGGCUAGUGCGACACUCAAAGGAAACCAGUUGCAAACUAAAUACGAUGGCAUAUUUGGCUGGAUGAUCAGCGGACCCAGAAACAUCGUGUACAUUAACGACGACUUCUACAUUGACCACUACUGUAUGUUGGGUACAGAGGUGUCAACAAUUUUCACUGCAGACAAGUCUCCAAGCGACGAAGUAAUGAAACAGGUAUGGGAAGUUGUGGCCAACCAUACUGAAGUCGACAAGUCACGAUACUUGAGGAUCUUCUGCUAAUUAAUGAAACAAAAAAAUGUUAAAAGCUGUGCUGCUCUCUCAUUUCACUAAAAUGAGAUGAAUAUUUCUUGAAAUAAAUAUCUUCUUGUAGA